AUGAGACUGGUGCCCCCGGGCGAUGUCCUUGCACUGCUGGCCAAUUCAAACUUGCCAAACAGCAGCAAGACGCGGAAACGUGGGCGAGCCAUCUACAAUGCCUUGCGUUGCGGCAGCCUUCUUUGCAACUUGCGACGCGGAGCAGUGCAAAAGAAGGAUGCGCAGCGACUGCACGAAUGGCUUCAAUCGAAUUGGACGGUGGAGGGUGCCUGCCUGGCGCCUUUUCGACAUUUUUCGGGCUGCGAGGCUCUCUGCGCCUGUGAGGACUACAUGUCCUAUCCAGUUCACUUGGCGCUGCCAGGACAAAGGCUCUUCCUGGUCCAUGGCAUCCAAGUGGCCACAGUCAGCCGCGACGGUUCCACUCGUUUGAAUUUGGCUUUUGGCCACAUUGCCUACACGUCUUGGCAGCCGAUUCAUCCCACCGAUCCUUUUCCGCUUCAUGCCACAGCGUUCAUUGCUACGCUGAUUGCAGCCUCCACUGCCAACAUGCUGCGGCAAAGAGGAAUCUCGCUGUCUGCUCCCUUGUCAUCCAUUUUGUGGAAGAAGUUCCCAGCUCCGCCUGGAACCACCGUGGGCGACGUGGUGCGAGGUGCAGGGCCUUGGAGCCAGGCACCCACUUCGCCGAGUGCGAAGCGGCUUUCAGAUCUUCAAGCCAUGCUCAAAUGGCUUGAGAAUGCACCGGCAGCGAAUGGCUCGUGUCCGCCAUGGUGGCCGCCCACAGCGCAUGCUGCUGUUUGUGCGGCCCUGCUCCAGAAAGCUGGGUCUACACCCAGUGCAGCCCUCCAAUCCUUCUUCGCUCAGGCAUCACGCCCAUGCUUCAAAGCCACAAUGUCUCCAGUUCAGAUAUCCAAACCUGUCAUGAGUGUUGAAAGCGCUGAAGUGGAAGCCGCGCAGGACACCAUUGUUGCAUCACUGGGCGCUGACGAGAUGAGAUGCAUGCACUUGGCAGACGCAGUGCUGGCUGUGGCGGUGAUGUGCUUCGUGGGGAAGUUGGCCUUCACUCCCUCCUUGCCCGCAGGGCUCGGGCGCUCCGCGAAAAUGGGUGAGGCAGCCCGGCAGCGCAGCCUCAUGCAGCGCUCUGCUGACGGAUCCUACCUGAACGGUUACGGGCCGGCCGUCGCCUACGCCAAGGCGCUCCGGGAAGCCGCACAGGCCAAGGGCGAGGCCGCAACGGUGAUGGAGGAUGUCAUGAAGAUCAAGGCUUUUUACGAAGAUGAGUCCAUCAUCGAGGAUUUGAGCUUGGUGCAGAAUGACUUCAACUUGACUUCGGUUGAGCGUGCUGACAAGAUCCUUGCUAUGGUGAAGCCUUUGAAGUCCACCGUAAUGCCAAAGUUUGUCACCUUCAUUGCCAAGAAGAUGCGCCUCAAGGCAUUGAAGCCCAUUUGCCUCGAGUACGUCCAGGCCGCAUUCUUCAAGGAGUCUGUUGCCCCAGUGAGGGUCACGUCUGCUGUGCGUCUGUCGGAGGAGCAGAAGAACAAGAUCAUCGACAAGAUGAAGGUGAAGUGCGAGACCGACAGCAUCAAGCUUAUCGAGGAGGUGGAUGCGAACCUCAUCAGCGGCUUCAAGUUGGAGUGGGGCUUCAUUGAUCCUGUGAACCUCGAUGCUCCCAGCAACGGCGUGGACCUCACACUGCGGAACAUCCUGAACAAGAAGGCCCUUCAGGUGGGAGGUCUCGUGGAUGCGCUCUAA